CGGGCCGCCGCGUCUCUAUGGAAACGGCCACACUAAUGCGCAGCCAGUACCACGAUGGCAGCCGGGGAGCCGGGGGAUUUGGGCGGCUACUACUUCAGAUUCCUGCCUCAGAAAACCUUCCAAUCUUUGAGCACGCGGGAGACAACCAGCCGGCUCCGCCAGUGGUCCAUGCUGGGCAGAAUCCAGGCGCAGGCAUUCGGGUUUGACCAGAAGUUUCAGGCCUAUCGGAAGGAUGAUUUCGUUAUGGCUUUUUUCAAAGACCCAAAUGUUAUUCCCAAUUUGAAGUUAAUUUCAGAUUCUUCUGGACAGUGGAUUACAUUAGGAACUGAAGUGAAAAAAAUUGAAGCUAUAAACGUUCCUUGCACACAGCUUUCAAUGUCAUUUUUUAAUCGGUUAUACGAUGAAAACAUUGUACGAGACAGUGGACAUAUUGUUAAAUGUUUAGAUUCUUUUUGUGAUCCCUUUCUUAUUUCUGAUGAGUUACGAAAAGUUUUGUUAGUGGAAGACUCAGAAAAAUAUGAAGUAUUCAGCCAACCAGAUAGAGAAGAGUUCCUGUUUUGUCUUUUCAAACAUCUUUGCCUUGGUGGAGCGCUUUGUCAAUAUGAAGAUGUGCUUAAUCCGUAUCUGGAAACAACAAAGCUUAUCUAUAAGGAUCUAGUGAGUGUUCGAAAGAAUCCUCAAACCAAGAAAAUACAAAUUACCUCUUCCAUCUUUAAAGUUACGGCAUAUGACUCUGUCGGUAUGUGUUACCCUUCAACAAAGAGUCAUGAACAGACAUUUUCUUACUUUAUUGUGGAUCCUAUCAAGCGUCACGUUCAUGUUUUAUACCACUGUUACGGUGUGGGAGAAAUGUCUUAACAAUAUUCUUUCAGAUUAUAUUUACUAUUUGCUAUUUUUUAUUUACCAGUCUUUUAUUUUAAUCCUGAUUUACAGAUAAACAAUUACUCUGCAAGUUAAUUCAAGUAAAAUGCAAAUAACCCAUUUAGAGCAGAAGCCAAAAAGUGCCAAGAUGCCUUACUUUCACUUUGUCUGGAAAACUAAUAUAGGAACCAAAUUCCAUUCCUAACAUAAUCUAUACCAAUGCAUCUGUAGAAUUUUUACAGAAAGUUACAAAGAACUAAAAAUCUAGUUCAUAUUUAUUGCAUUAAAAUUCAAGCAUGUCCUGAAUUUUCCAUGUAUUUUAUUUUAGAAGCUAAUUAAUUAUGUAUUGAAAUUGUGGCAGAAAACUAAACAUCUGUACCACAGAUCAUUAAUAUGAAUUGUUAGCUUUUUAAAUUUGAGUUUUAUUUAAUCACAUUUUUUCAUUACAUAAAAGAUUUAUAUCUAGAGGGCUAUGAAAAGCAUAACAAUUCCUUUGCUUCAUUUGUCUCGCUUAAAAUCUUCAAUUAAAAAAUAAUGUUCAGAAAGUAA